AUGGGCUGGAUAAACCGCGGUUCUCGCCCAGAGAACCGUGAGAACAAUCUUUCUACAACAGUCAACUACUGCAAGGAAGACACUGACGCCUCCCCGACUGUCAGUUUUGUCGAAGACCCAAGCGACCCGAGGUCAUAUCAAAAAACGUGUAAAAACACCAAGAAUGAGGAUCUUCCAUACAUCGAGCCAUCGGUCAUCAUAGCUGCACGCGAUACAGGCCUACUAUGGCUGGUCAUUGACAACAUUGUCUAUGACUGUACCGAAUUCGUUCAUGACCACCCAGGAGGCUCUCAGGUUCUUGAGUCAUUUCGAAGCAGCAACUGUAGUUGGCAGUUUUGGAGGUUCCACGGAAUGAAGGAUAUGAUUGAGUUUGGGCUGCCGCUGAGGAUAGGGUGUACAAGUGGUAUACAGAACAAAUUUAAGGAGCCACCUUGGUUCGUAGGUUUGAGGAAGCUAUGGGGGCCUGAAUAA